AUGAAAACUACCAGCCCUCCGCAUGGGCUUGGACUACCCAUGGAAUGGGCAGAGAUUGACAAGAUUGAUGAUUAUAUGAAAAAUCCAGAUGAACUCCAUGAGUACCCACGGAUACUCAUGGAUUUUGCGAGCCGGGCUGGAGCAACAAGACCUAGAGUAAGUGUAAAGGCUCAAAAGUCAAGUCCUUAG